AUGGCGGCCCCGCCACGACAUGCGCCGUCAUCGUCGAAGCGGCCCCCACCGAUGCCAGAGGCCGAGCCGGACCUGAGCAUCGAUGAGUUCAAGAGAGGAAAGGAGAUAGGCAAAGGCAGCUUCGCUACUGUCUACCUCGCGCAGCAUCGGGAGAAACGAUCCUAUGCCGCUGUCAAAGCUGUCCAGAUGGCCAAAUUGUCUAAGAAGUUGAAGGAGAAUUUGGGCAGCGAAAUCGACAUCCUCAAGGGCCUACGACAUCCACACAUCGUGCAGCUGUUCAAAUGUGUGGAGAAGCCCAACUACAUCUACCUUGUCAUGGAGUACUGUCAACUAUCGGACCUGGCACAGUUUAUGAAGAAGCGCCACACUCUGCCGAACUUUCCCGAGACAGCAGACAUCUUCAAGAAGUACCCGAACCCUGAGCAUGGAGGACUGAACGAGGUCCUGGCACGACAUUUUCUCAAGCAAGUGGCCAGCGCACUGAAGUACCUGCGGUCUAAAAACCUGAUACAUCGAGACAUCAAGCCACAGAAUCUCUUACUGAACCCAGCACCAACAUACAUGUCAAAGCAGAAGCCAGAGGAUGUGCCACUGGCCGCGAGCGCAGACUCCCUGAUACCUGCUGUCGGUGUGGCUUCUCUUCCGAUGCUCAAACUUGCUGACUUUGGCUUUGCACGACAUCUUCCAUCGACUUCCAUGGCGGAAACACUCUGUGGCUCUCCCCUCUACAUGGCACCGGAAAUUCUUCGUUAUGAGAAGUACGAUGCACGCGCUGAUCUCUGGUCUACUGGUACUGUCUUACAUGAGAUGAUCGUGGGCAAACCCCCGUUCCGGGCACAGAACCAUGUCGACCUUUUGCGGAAGAUUGAGAAAGCCAACGACCAGAUCAUCUUCGACAACAAGAACAUGACCAUCAGCCGCGGCAUGAAAGAUUUGAUUCGAGCACUGCUAAAGAAGAGCCCAUUGGAACGCAUGACCUACGAAGAUCUUUUCGAUGAUGUAGUGGUAGUUGGUGAGAUUCCCGGUCUGGUCAACGAGGAUAGGCCGCAAGAAACAAUUGCCCCGAGAUCUGUUCCCGAGGUUGAGGAGUUGGGCCGGAAGAUGACUAUCGUAGACGAGACCCCACGUAAGGCUACGAUCAUAGAGGAGACAUCCGCCGCUCUUCGACCAGCUCCGGAGCAGCAACUACAGCAGAAGAGGCCAUCGCAGGAGCUGCCACGACGGACAUCAUCAAGGAAGUCAUCAGAGCAAGACAUAAAUCAGCAGCGAGCGAAGGACAUGAUUCGACGAAAGUCAUCUUCGGGCAGUCAAGGCCAAGCUGAUGCUGCAACUGCAGGAAUGAAGAGACAGCCAAGUCAGCGCGAGCAGCGUAGGCCGAGCAUCGUGGCUCACAUAACGGCACCGGGACGCCAGGAGCUGCACCAGCAACAGCAGCCACUGGCUCCAGCGCCACCUAUACAGCGCCGAGCUAGUCGCUCAUCGCCACUUGCUGGUCCGCCGUUGGUCCGGGAACCGACAUACGACGAGAAGGUCAAAAGCGAGCGCGCAGCGCGCAAGGAACGGGAGCAGACUCAGCAGGAUCUCACAUUCGAGAAGGAAUAUGUUGUGAUCGAGAAACGUGCAGUGGAGGUCAAUGCCUUCGCGGAUGAGCUCGAUGCUGCACAGAAUACAUAUGGCUCCUCGGCCAAGCAGGGGCAAAUGGUGAGGCGAGCCACGACCCAAGGGCAGCCUACCUCACAGACUGGAGCCACCCCAGCAAGUCCUUCUCGCGCCAUGCAGCAAGUGACCACCAGAGCUCCUGGCGGCCAUGCGCGUGCUGGUUCCUUUGAGAGACGCUACGCUCCAUCGCCGCAAUCUGCAACAAACAUGCUUACAAAGGCACUCAAUGCUGCCAACGCGCGUCUGUUUGGAGCGUUGGGCAGUUCUCCUCCAUUUGGCAUGGGUGGUCCUUCCCCGCCGCGUGGGUACGGCGCCUUUCCAGCUUAUCCGACAGCAGGGGCCCUUACGAUCUGGGACGCCAACGAGAUCAAAGCUCCUAUGGAUGAAGAGACUAAGAUUGUCCGAAUCAUGGAGGAAGCCGCUCAUCGUAGCGACGUCAUCUUUGGCUUUGCAGAGGUCAAGUACCGGCAAUUGCUGCCAGCAACGCCUUCAUCACAGGAUGCCCUCGGCAUUCAACAGAUUGAAGCCCAAGAGCGGCCCGGAGAAGAUGAUGACAUGACCGCUGUAGCCGUGGUUGGCGUUGCUGAAGAGGCGCUUGUUCUGUAUGUGAAAGCACUGGCAAUUCUGUCGAAGACUAUCGAUCUCGCUGGACAGUGGUGGUCGAAGCAGGGCAGGGGCGACGGCGUCACUUCAGAUCCGACCUCUUACUCUGGCAGCUCGUCUGCUGUGGGUACGCGCAUACUCAAUGUGGUGAAGUGGUGUCGUACGCGCUUCAACGAAUGUCUCGAGAAGUCUGAAGUGGUGGGCCGCAAACUUCAACAUGCACAGAGACAACUCCCUGAAGAUCAUCCUGGACAUCCAAACAAUCAAGCAGAGCACUCUGGUACUAUCACUACUUCGGCUGAGCACAUCCGAAUCACCAGCGGCAUUACAGCAGAGAGGCUUAUGUUCGAUCGCGCGGUAGAGAUGAGCCGUUCAGCAGCUGUGAACGAACUUGUUGGGGAGGAUCUUCCAGACUGCGAGCUGAGCUAUAGGACCGCCAUCAUGCUUUUCGAAGCUGUGCUGGAGAACGACGACGAUCCGUUGAUGCGCAAGCCGAGCGCUAAGAAGGAGAAGCCGGCAGACGAGGUCAUCAAUGGCAUGGAGACGGAGGAUAGGCAGACUGUCAUCAAGCUCAUCGAUAGCACCAAGUCUCGCCUCAACGCACUUCGAAGGAAGAUUCUUAUCGCGCAGCAAAACGUUGCUAGGCGCUCUUCCAUAAGCGGCACAUCGACUCCCAAGGCUGGAAACCCAUCACCAGUCGCAGCAUCACCUACGAUCGCGAACGCGUCGCCGCGAUGA